AGUAAUUUAGAAACGUCAAAAUGGCAGCACUGGCAUCUAUCAGGACCUCGGAUGACAAAAUCGAAAUCAUAAACCAGCUUUUACUGCCCCACACCACCGAAUGGAUCAAGGUCGACACGAUCGAGCAGGCGCACGAUGCAAUCAAGACGAUGAAGAUUCGAGGCGCACCGGCGAUCGCGUCUCUCGCAGCGCUCGCGUUCGCUCAGCAUCUCGAGCGCGCACUGCGAGCCGAUCCGCCACCGCUCUUCUUCUCGUCCGUGGGCGCCCUCGAAUCACACAUCGUCUCCAUCCUCGACUUCCUCUUCACCGCACGUCCGACAGCGGUUAAUCUAGGCGCUGCGACCCGCAGAUUAUACCGCGCCUUCCAGGCCGCAGUGCAGGCCGGCAAAGACGUGCGCGCAGUCGCGCAGGUUCUGGUGGACGAGGGGAGGAAGGUCGCGGACGAGGAUGUGGGCAGGAACAAGGAGAUGGCGAAGUGGGGAGGGGAGUGGCUGGUAAAACAGGUGAAGGAGAAGGGGGAGACGGGGGAGGGACUGAAUGUCCUGACGGUCUGCAAUACUGGGUCGCUGGCCACCUCGGGAUAUGGAACCGCUCUUGGACUGAUAACAUAUCUUCAUGAGACCGCCAAGCUCGCCAGAGCGUACUAUACGCAGACAGCCCCUUACCACCAGGGUUCUCGGCUGACCGCACUCGAACUCCAAACGCUCAAAAUACCGUCCACCAUGAUUGUCGACACGAUGGUAGGAUCCCUCUUCCAGCAUCACCACAUUCACGCCGUCGCCGUCGGAGCGGACAGAAUCGCACGUAAUGGAGACACCGCAAAUAAAAUCGGAACGUACAAUGCUGCGGUGCUCGCUGCACGCCACAAUGUUCCCUUCAUCGUAGUUGCUCCGAUCAGCACCGUUGAUCUUGACGUUGCAGACGGCUCAAGCAUACCCAUCGAGCAUCGCCCGCCAUUAGAAGCCUGCAUCGUUCGCGGCGCACUGUAUCCUCCCUCGCUUGACGCAGAGGGGAACAAGCAGCAAGCAGCCGUGAUGAUCACGCCCGAAGGCUUGGAUGGCGUAUACAACCCAAGCUUCGAUGUCACUCCUGCAGAGCUGAUCACCGCUAUCGUGACCGAAAAAGGCGUAGCUGUAAAAGGGCCAGACGGGAACUUCGACCUGAGGGCAAUCGUAUGAGUGGAGACGGACAUUGACGAUAGAUGACUGAGGGAGGCCAGGCGAGUGUCCCUACAGCGCCUAUACAAGUAAUUUCGACAUGUGUGGUGAUGUGCAUGCACUAUCUGUACGCGGUUCCGUCAUAUCCAUUCUCGUCACGUCAACGGAACAGAGGCCCUUCCAAUGCAUGCGAAUUUCAGCUACUCGUCAUGCCUCGUGUUGCAAGCAUGUUGCAUUCGUACACCGUGUUUGCGCACAGAAAGGUUCUCCGUGCGGCGACCUUCUCAUAGUGCUGCUGUGAAAACAAAUGAUAAACGAGCC